AGAAAAACCUAUUACAGACUAACCUAUUACAGUAUCCACGAUCAAAAUCAGGAAAAACUUUCAAUUCAGGGUAAGAAAUGGCAAUUCCACUUCCACCCAUGAGUAAUGCUGCUGCUACUACUCCUACAAAAAGAGAUGGAAUUUAUGUAGCAGCAAUGCCUUUGAGAGCUUCAAAAGGACCUGCUCAGAUUAUAAUGUCACUAACUUACUCUCUUAAUCUUUGGGAUUUACAACAUUACAUGGUUAUCAUCAAACCUAAUUCACCUCAACCUCAAUCUCAGGCUUUUGUUUUUGAUUUUCAACCUCAAGAUCCUGAGAACAUAAAUGUAGCAAUUUCUGCAUUAUCAGGAAGACGAGUACCAGGAGCUUUGCUAGUGAGAAAGCUUGCUAAACUGCCUAAUAGAAAAUGCUGGUUUGUGGGAUAUUCAGGUGUGGAUAGCGUAAGUGGAGCAAAUAAAUUCAAUGAGGUUUGGGAGGCUGAUUUGAGGAUUGGCCUGCACGACUGCCGUGAUUACACUAACGAGUUGGUCGAGUGCCUCAUUGGUGAGAAGCAAGUUUUGGAGCGUCUAAGGGGAUCCUUGGAUGCCUUCCAAGAACUAUAACCGGCUUGGGGAGGAUGUCAUGUUGUUGCCAUUUAGGUGCUAAAUUUCUAUGGUUCCUAAUGACGUAAGGUCCAGACUCGUCAUAUUGUUCAAAUUUUGGCUCCGUUAUGCCUGAUUUUGUAGGAUGCUGAUAUAAUCUAUCUGGGGUAGCACAGUAACUUGAAGCUAACUUGAAGUUUUCGUCUUCGGACACAGUGAAAUUUAAAAUCAGUAUUAAGUUCACCAUCACCGUUCAGUGCUUGUAUUUUGAGGUUGUAGUCUUUGCUUGUUGGUUUAAUAUCAGACACUGGAUUAUUUGAUUAGAUGUUGGAGUAAGGCAAAUCAAUUAUAGCUGGAGACACUUUCCUUCAAUUAUGUCUAUCAAGUUGUUGCUUUCUGCACUAGUAUUUGAGAUGAGUAGUGGCAAAUAUACUGGUUUCCCUUUCUG